CGGCGGUGCAGCAGCGACUUUGGUACAGGUCUUUGAGAGACAGAUGUAUUGCAUUGCCCGAUCCUACCCACUGUUUUCAGCGACAGACCGUAGGGUAGGCUAGACAAGCAUGAAUAUAGAACGCACUGAGGAGCAAAGAGACGGCACGAGAGGACGGUAACGGUCCGGAUAGAAGAGUUGCUUUGAAGAGGGUGACGGGAGAGACCCACCAUGUGCAGCUCUCUGAGUCCCAAGCAGCCGAUUGGCCCAGGCCUGACGGAUAUGCAGCAGUAUAGCCAAUGGCUGGCCAGCCGCCACGAAGCCAGCCUUUUGCCAAUGAAGGAAGACCUAGCCCUAUGGCUAACUAGCAUGCUGGGUCUGGAGAUCACAGCAGAGAGCUUCAUGGAGCGAUUGGACAAUGGCUUCCUGCUGUGCCAGCUGGCUGAGACGCUACAGGAGAAGUUCAAGCAGAACCAGACUCAGAACCAUGGAGAACUGCCUCUUGGCAAUAGAGAGGCCAUCCCAUGCCGGAGGAUCCCGUGUCGUGCCAGCGCUCCCUCCGGGUCCUUCUUGGCCAGGGACAACACAGCUAACUUCCUGACCUGGUGUCGGCAGGUGGGGGUGGGAGAGACCUGCCUGUUUGAGUCUGAGGGACUGGUUCUUCACAAACAGCCUCGGGAAGUAUGCCUCUGUCUCCUACAGCUGGGAAGGAUAGCGUCUAGGUACAACGUGGAGCCUCCGGGGCUUAUCAAGCUGGAGAAGGAGAUAGAACAGGAGGAGAAAGUAUCUCUACCCUCACCUGUCUCUCCCUCCCCAUCCCUCUCUCCAUCCCCUUCUCCAAACCCCCCAUCCCCCUCUCCAAUCUCUCCAUCCCCCUCUCCAACCUCUCCAUUCCCCUCUCCAACCAAGUGCUUGUCGUCUAGCAAGAAGAGCACAGGGAAGCUGCUGGAUGAGGCUGUGAAGCAUAUCUUUGAGGAGCCUCCCUGUAAGUGUCCCAAUAAAUUCUGUGUGGAGAGACAGGCUCAGGGCCGCUAUCGCGUCGGGGAGAAGAUGCUCUUCAUCAGGAUGUUACACAACAAGCAUGUGAUGGUGCGUGUGGGAGGAGGCUGGGAGACUUUUGAGAGCUACCUGCUGAAACACGACCCAUGUCGGAUGCUCCAGAUCUCCAGAGUGGAGGGGAAGACCUUUCCCAUGUCCCCCAAGUCCCCCAACACCAAGGACCUCACCCCAGACAGCUACUUGGUGGUGGCCGCACACUACCGCAGCAAGAAGUAAAGAUGGCCGUACAUUACCGCAGCAAGAAGUCAACUGACGCUUCAACCAAGGGGAUCAGUUUGAGCAAUGCGAGGAUGGUGGUGGUGGCCUACUACCGCAACGAGAAGUAAAGAUGGCCUCCUACUACCGCAACAACUACCGCAACAAGAAGUAAAAAUGGCCAUCUACUACCGCAACAAGAAGUAAAGAUGGCCACCUACUACCGCAACAACUACCGCAACAAGAAGUAAAGAUGGCCACCUACUACCGCAACAAGAAGUAAAGAUGGCCACCUACUACUGCAACAAGAAGUAAAGAUGGCCACCUACUACCGCAACAACUACCGCAACAAGAAGUAAAGAUGGCCACCUACUACAGCAACAAGAAGUAAAGAUGGCCACCUACUACCGCAACAAAGAGUAAAAAUGGCCGCCUACUACCGCAACAAGAAGUAAAAAUGGCCACCUACUACCGCAACAACUACCGCAACAAGAAGUAAAGAUGGCCACCUACUACCGCAACAAGAAGUAAAGAUGGCCACCUACUACCGCAACAAGAAGUAAAGAUGGCCACCUACUACCGCAACAAGAAGUAAAGAUGGCCACCUACUACCGCAACAACUACCGCAACAAGAAGUAAAGAUGGCCACCUACUACAGCAACAAGAAGUAAAGAUGGCCACCUACUACCGCAACAAAGAGUAAAAAUGGCCGCCUACUACCGCAACAAGAAGUAAAAAUGGCCACCUACUACCGCAACAACUACCGCAACAAGAAGUAAAGAUGGCCACCUACUACCGCAACAAGAAGUAAAGAUGGCCACCUACUACCGCAACAAGAAGUAAAGAUGGCCGCCUACUACCGCAACAAGAAGUAAAAAUGGCCGCCUACUACCGCAACAAGAAGUAAAAAUGGCCGCCUACUACCGCAACAAGAAGUAAAGAUGGCCGCCUACUAGCGCAACAAGAAGUAAAAAUGGCCGCCUACUACCGCAAGAAGAAGUAAAGAUGGCCGCCUACUACCGCAACAAGAAGUAAAGAUGGCCGCCUACUACCGCAACAAGAAGUAAAGAUGGCCGCCUACUACCGCAACAAAAAGUUAAAAUGGCCGCCUACUACCGCAACAAGAAGUAAAAAUGGCCGCCUACUACCGCAACAAGAAGUAAAGUUGGCCGCCUACUACCGCAACAAGAAGUAAAAAUGGCCGCCUGCUGCCGCAACAAGAAGUAAAGAUGGCCGCCUACUACCGCAACAAGAAGUAAAGACAUUCAUGAGGACCUGAGGAAAUGACCUCUGCCUUUCCGAACUAGCAAAACUGAUUGAAUUGACAGUGACACAGAGGGCAAAGCCAGCUGACACAGUGUCAUUCCAACCAGAUUCCAACCAGUUGCAUGUACAGCAUGUCUUCUAGUUGAUGUAAGCCACAGCCGGCCCACCUGAGCUACAGAACAGACAGUGGCCAGCAGGUAUAUAUCUCCUGUCCUAGAAGUCACGGCGACCUAGCGUCAACGUGACAGUUCGAUUUGGAUUUACAGCCUUUGAGAAUUAUCUAUGCAAUCAUUUCGACAAUCAUUUUUAGCCGGGGAUUGAGGCUGGUAUAUUUGGUACUAAAAGCAUGUUUUCUAAUGUUACCUUGUGUGUAUUUUGUUUGACUUUUGUCAUUCAUUCAUUUAAUAGUGUGAAAGUAUAGUAUGACUUCUGUAAUAAUGGAUAUAUUCUGAAUAAUGAUUGGAUACUGGUCAAGCUAAAUCUGGACAUGUUCCACCAAUCAUGUUCCUCCUACGGUUCCUCCAAUCAUGGGCUUUCUCCUUUCCUUGUUUUCUAAAUAUGCAGCUACACCACACAAGGGAAGAUAAUCAUGGCUAAAACAAUAUGUUUUUUAGAUGUAAUCCCACCUUCCGUCACAGUACGGGCUUACCGGUUACGGGCUUACCGGUUACGGGCUUACCGGUUCCCACGCCCAGGGACCUGUCUCUGGCUUGAGCAUUGUUGCUUUAAAGACCAAAGGGUUCCACCAUUCAUUCUAAUGGAAGUCAACAUUUAAAAUAUGUUUGAAAUAGUGCUACUUUAUUAUGUUAAAAGUCCUGACUAAUAUGAAUAUCUAUAAGUAGGAUGUGUUUAUUAUGAUUAUGUAUCUCUGUAAUGUCUUAAUUUCUCCAAUGUGCUAUUAUGAGUGAUUUCUCUUUUUUUCAUGAGCUAGUUUGUCUCUCCUGUUUUUGAAGUUAAAAGCUUUUGAUAAUUUGUGAAGGAACGCUACUAAAUUAACAUCAUUAUUGUGAGAAGAUUAUUUCUGAGGAUUAAAGAGACAAUCAAAUGUAGAAUAUUUACUUGAAUUGUUGUGAAUGGCAAUAGGACAGAUAACAUGUAUUGUAUGAUCGGUCGGUCUGUCUACGAUAACUUAGAUUUGUUUUCAUUCAAUCUCAUCACCUGGCAAAUUGCUAGAGAGCUGGCUGGUGGACAAUACUAGUGUUGAUUGCUACUUUACUGACACCUACUGGUAUGUUACAGUACUGUAACUGGCCAUCCACAACUACAACGUGAUGACUGGCACUGGCCUGUUCCAAGUUGCGAAACCAGACUAACAGACCUUUUUAUUCAACCAACCGUCAGAGCAACCUCCAAAUCAAGUCCAAUCCUCUUUUAUUCACAUUUACAAUGUAACGUGUUUUACAACAGCAUAGAAAUCAGAGUCGUUAUCCUUCAUCAAUGUUAUUCAGUCACAGAACAAAUAGUCUAUUUUACACACUCUAGCCUAUAGUGCUGUGCACUACUUUUGAACAGGACCCCAUAGGGUUGUGUUCUAAAGUGUACAUGGCAGGGAAUAAAUAGGCUGGUUUGUUUUGUAGAGCCUGUAGCACCGACAGAUCACUGCUGGGUUACAUUACCAACUG